CUCAAAUUAGUAAUUUCUCAGUAAAUGAUGAAGUUGCUCAACCCCCUCAGUCCUCAGUGUAUAUAACAGCUCCAGAAUAGAAACACAACUCAAUUUUCCCAAGAAACAUGAAGAUAUUCAAUCUGAGCGUGCUCCUGAGCCUGGCUGUCGCAGUUUACUGUGCACCAGUGUCAGAGGUCACUGUCCAAGAUGAAGACUUUGUAAAGAACUACCUCAAGCACUUCUUCAACCGGAUGGAGGAGAGCGUUCCCAUGUUCCGCCGUGGUGGGAUCGGCCUGUUGGCCAAGAAGCUGAGUGAGAUGCAGCGGUUCUUUGGUCUCCACAUCACUGGGACACUGGACCCUGAGACUGUGGCCGUGAUGACGAAACCCCGCUGUGGCUUUUCUGAGACAGUCGCCCGGUAUUCAACCUCUGGAAGCAAAUGGGAAAAUAACACCCUCACAUACAGGAUUAAGAACUACACCCUUGACAUGCUCGAGUCUGAGGUCGACGACUCCAUUGACAAAGCUCUCCAGGUUUGGGCCAAAGUCACUCCUCUGAGGUUCACAAAGAUCUACAGCGGCACUGCAGACAUUAUGAUCUCCUUUGAACGUGGAGACCACGGUGACAACAGCCCCUUCGACGGCCGUGGUAAUACAUAUGGGAAUACCUUUGCUCAUGCUUUCCCUCCUGGUUCUGGAACCGGAGGAGACGUUCAUUUUGAUGAUGAUGACACCUUCACUUUCCGCUCACGCAAAGGCUCGGUCCUCUUCAUCGUCGCUGCCCAUGAGUUCGGUCACUCUCUGGGUUUGUCCCACUCUAAUGAUCCUGCUGCUCUCAUGUUUUCUGCGUAUGUGUACCGGAACCCAGACACCUUUGUUUUGCCUCAGGACGAUGUCAACGGUAUCCAGGCUCUCUAUGGUCCAAACCCUGAUGUGGAUCCUGUGAAUCCUGGACCUCAGCCUCCCACCACCCCUGAUGCCUGCGAUUCCACGCUCAUCUUUGACGCCGUCACCACCGUGCGAGGAGAAAUGUUCUUCUUUAAAGACAGAUUCUACUGGCGUAAUAAUUCUCUGAGCGUCACACCUCUGCAGAAUGUCAUCACCAGGUUGUGGCCAAAUGCACCAGUCAACAUCAAUGCAGCUUAUGAAAACCAGGAAGAAGACAGACUCCUGUUCUUUAAAGGUCGUAAAGUGUGGGCUUUCAACACCACCGAUCUGGUGCCUGGUUAUCCUAAGAACAUCUCCACCUUUGGUCUGCCCAAGACCGUGAAGAAGAUUGAUGCUGCUCUCUAUGAUGUGGAAACUAGAAAGACGCUGUUUUUCAUCGGCAAUAAAUACUACAGUUAUGAUGAGUCCAGUAGAAGAAUGGACCAUGGAUUCCCCAAACGUGUGGAUGAAACCUUCUCAGGUCUGCCUGGAAAAGUGACGGCAGCGUUCCAGCACGAAGGGUUCUCCUACAUCUACAGCGGAUCCUCCAUGUUAGAGUACGAGGCGAGGAGCGGCAGACCACCUCACAUCCUGGGGAACAACCACUUCCUGAGUUGCACCAAGUCUUCCACCAAUUCUCUUUGA